GUGCUGUGUAUCCUCGCUCUCCUGCUCUCAUGUGCGUGUGUGCACGUCCUCGCUGAAGAAGUGCCUGCCGCCGAUCUUUCCGACCAAGUCCCUGAUACGGAGAGUGAGACAAAGAUUCUUCUUCAAGGUACUCCUGUCACCCAACAAACUGAGGACAGUUGCCCUGAAGGUGCUACUGGUGACGGUAAAUCUUGUGCUGGGACUGCUGCUGCUGUUGAAUCUGGUCGUGAUCUUGGUCCUGGUGCUGGUGAUAACUGCCGUGAAGGUACUGGAGGUUCUGGUAACGGUGAAUCUUGUGCUCCUAUGGGUCCUGCUGCUCCUGGUGGUGGUGCUAAAGACCCUAACACCCACGGUGGUCAGAAUAAUCCAUCUGGAGGUGGUCAACCGCAGGGGGGUCCUGGCGGUAGUGGCCUAUCUUCUCAGGCGAGUGAACCGCGACAUGAAGCUGGAGUCACUAUUACUCAAAACGAGAUGGGGGAUGGGGAACGUGGUGCAGAGGGAGAAGUGGAUUCUGCAGGAAGGAGUCAAGGAAUUCAACAGCAGCACGAUGGCCGUGAAGAUCCAAAACAAAGUGAAGAAGCAAAGCCUGGGGUGACAGACAACUCAAAUCAAGAAGCUUCACAGCAACCUCAACAAACUGGUGAUACAUCUAAUGACAGUAGCGCAGUCAACACCAGUACAGACAGUGGAGAAGGUACAGGUGCACAAUUAUCUCCUACUUCUGCAUCUUCUCAAACUGAUGGAACUGCGGAAGGUGGUAAUUCUGCAGAAACAACGACGAAUAACUCAGCGAAUACCACCACCACCACCACAACUACACCCAGUAAUGAGGAAUCAACCACC